CACCAUUCGUCCAUUCCCCAUUCUUUUCCUCCUCUGUUUGGCAUUAUGGAUCGUACUCUCAAGUCCGUUAUUGUCUUCUCAUUCCUCUUCGUCUCCGCCGUCUCGUCGGAGACGGAGAGCUUCUCCGCCGUCGAGAGUGACGCCGACCCGCUGAUCCGGCAGGUGGUCGACGGCGAUCACCGAUUCGGCGCAGAGCAUCAUUUUUCUCUGUUCAAGCGUAAGUUCGGGAAGUCGUACGGGUCUAAGGAAGAGCACGAUUACAGGUUCACUGUAUUCAAGGCUAACCUGCGCCGAGCUCGGCGACACCAGAAUCUGGACCCAACGGCUGUUCACGGCGUGACUCAGUUCUCGGAUAUGACACCGUCCGAGUUUCGGAAGGUUUUGGGUCUCAGAGGCCUCAGGUUGCCUGCUGAUGCCAGCAAGGCUCCCAUCUUGCCAACCGACGAUCUUCCCAACGACUUUGAUUGGAGAGAUCAUGGAGCUGUUACGCCUGUUAAAAACCAGGGUUCAUGUGGAUCGUGUUGGAGUUUUAGCACAACUGGAGCCCUGGAAGGUGCUCACUUCCUCUCUACCGGGGAACUGGUCAGCCUUAGCGAGCAGCAGCUCGUGGACUGUGAUCAUGAGUGUGAUCCAGAAGAACCACGUUCUUGUGACUCUGGUUGCAAUGGCGGACUGAUGAAUAGUGCCUUUGAGUACAUCCUUAAAGCUGGCGGAGCCAUGCGGGAGGAAGACUAUCCUUAUACUGGCACUGAUCGUGGGACCUGCAAAUUCGACAAAUCAAAGAUUGCAGCUUCGGUUGCCAACUUUAGUGUCGUUUCACUUGAUGAAGAGCAGAUUGCUGCUAAUCUUGUGAAAAAUGGGCCCCUUGCUGUGGCCAUCAAUGCGGUAUUUAUGCAAACAUAUAUUGGUGGGGUAUCAUGCCCAUACAUAUGUUCGAGGAGGUUGGACCACGGAGUGUUGCUUGUGGGAUAUGGUUCUGCGGGGUAUGCUCCCAUUCGGAUGAAGGAGAAGCCAUAUUGGAUCAUUAAAAAUUCAUGGGGAGAGAAUUGGGGAGAAAAUGGUUACUACAAGAUUUGCCGGGGGCGCAAUAUUUGUGGGGUGGACUCCAUGGUUUCCACUGUGGCUGCUGUUCAUACCACUUCUCAGUAGGAUGUGACGCUUUAAAUGCCUGUACUGUACGUAUAACAAAGCAUCCGCUAUCCAGUCUAGCGUAUUUCUGGAAACAAUUUCAGUGUCAUAAUUAACGGAGAACUCAAGUGUGGAUCCCUUUUAUUUUUGGGCCACCCAUGCUGUUAAGUGUUAACCUUUGUCCAAGAAUCUUGAAUUGAUUUGUUUUCUUCGGUUUGUUUGAUUACGUUCGUACAUAUUUUCCACUUAA